GAGUUAGUGCAAAAUUAGGGUGAUCAGAUGCUCAGAUCAAACUGUACUAUGUCUUGAAAAAUUUAACAGCUAGUUCGAUUUCAAAACCCAAUUCAUGUUUUGGACCGGAGGAGACCUGGUCUGGACCGUUCAUUUGCUGUAAUCAACGAUUUGGAUGUAUUUUUACAAUUUUACUGGCAAGAGUGUAUUCUUAACGGUAAAAGCUCUUACUGGUAAAAGUGAAUGAGAAAAUUCGAACCAUUGAAUCUACCAAUGGAUGGUCCCGAUCUGGACUGUCUCAAAACCAUUGGACUAGAGAGGAGCCGGACCCUAAAAUUUAAGGUAAUUUACACCAACCUCCCCUGAGGUUUUUGAAAAAUACUCUAUGCUUCCAACCUUUCAACUUAUAACACUAGCCUCCCUUGAAUGGAAAAACUUAGGUCAAUUAGAUCCACUCUGUUAUUCUUCCGUUAAAUUUGUGGAUUCUGGGUUACUGACCUUGAAAAACAUACAAUUUUACUCUCCAUCCAAUUUAUUCCUGCAAAGUCUUAGUUCGUUGGUAUGGAUUCUUGGGGAAAACUUAGGGCAAAAUGAGAGCUUAAAAGUUUAUUUUUAAGGUCAGUAACUUGGAAGCAACAAAUGUAACAAUGAAAUGGAUCUAACUGAGCGUAGUUAUUCCAAUUUGAGGGAGGCCGGUGUAAUAAGUUGAAAGGUUAGGGGCAUAGCGUAUUUUUGUCAGAAACCUCGGGGAAGGUAAGUGUCAAUUACCCUAAAUUUUAAGACAAAUGUGUUCCAAUUAUAUGGAUACCGAUAUCUGAUUAGUAUAAUUUGUUUGCAAGCAUUAGCUACUUUGCGAGCCGAACAAAAUGAAUAAUUCGGAUCACUUUUGGGCCUGAAAUGAGGCUCAUAUGAAGAGCACAACUGACCCUGUUGUUAGGGAUGAGACAGUUUGGUUUGGUCGAUUUUCAGGAUAACUUCCCGCGGGACUAAUUUCAUCAGAUUUGCAAAUCAGACUGGCCUAUAUUUGUAAUCAACCGAACCAAAUUAUUGUGCAUGGGAGUGCUUCGGUUUGAUUUCGCUUGGUCGGUUUGGGUCUCAAAGUGCAGUAGUACUAUUACAAAGUCCAUACGAGGUUUUGACCCCGACAUUAAUCGGGCACCUUGCUUAACAGUGAGAGUACGAUCCCAAAGAUUGGUCGAAGUGCACGUAAGCCGGCCAACCACUUUAACGUGAUUUUUUGCUAUGGGACGUGCUCUACAAGGAGUUUGAACAUCAAAAUGAAUCCGAAAUAGGGUUGAAAUUAAACUUGGUGAACAGCACGGGGUGACCGGGAAAAACGAAAAAGAACAGCACGGGGUGCAGUCAAUGGGCCAGCUUGAGACAAGCCGCCAAGAAUACAGAGAGUUUGCCUCUUUUAUAUAUAGGCUUACAAACAUUGCCUCUUUUAGUCCUUGGAAUCCCAAAGAUUUGACAGAUUCAAGGCCCCUCUCUCACUCUCUCUCUCUCUCUCUCUCUCUCUCUUGCUCUCUCUCAUUACGUAUAUAUAUCCUUGAUGAAGGACCAAUCCUUAAGUUUUCUUUGGUGUAAUUUCUCCAAAAUUGUGAAGUGGCAGGGGAAAAGGCUAAAAAUGGAGUGGCCAGCAGGAGAACCAAAGAAAGAAAGAACACAUGUAACUGUGAAAGUGCAGAGAGAAAAAAUGAUAGACAUCUAUCUAAGGGUGGGACUUGAAGUACCGCUGCGUAAACUCAAGCUUGCUUACUGCGACCGGGUAGGUUUGGACUGCGACGAGGUUCGCUUCACUUAUGAUGGCACUAGGAUCGGCGACAACCAAACUGCCGGUGAUCUGGAAAUGGAGGAUGGUGAUGUGAUUGAUGCUUGGUCUGAUCAAUGGGGUGGUAGUGGUGGUGCUAGUGCUAGUAGUUGUAUUUGAAUUCGAUCCGGUGUUUGUUAUUUGAAGUUUGAACAACACACUCUUUCUUACAUUCUCUCUCACAAGUUAAAAAAUAGCGUUAGAUAUCGCUAUUUCUAGUUCCGAGUGUUAUAUUGAUAGGUGUUGGAAUAUUCAAGGCACGUAUGUAAUGUGUUAUUGAAUAUUAUUUUGUAUUUUAAUGAUAGUAAGUUUGGCAAA